UAGAGAAGACGAGAGUCUGACAGAGCAGAUCCUGUGAGAGAGGCAGGAGGGAGGCCGACUUUCAUUUGUUGUUUUCCUGAACCUGCGAGCCAGCGACACUUCAUCCGAAAGCCUCUGUCGGAUUUUAAAAAAACAACCUGGAUUUCUCUUUUAAUUCAAGAUUUAUCAUGAAGCUCAUCCUGUUGACAGUGUCAGCGCUGCUCCUGCUGGUAGGAGAGGGUACAGCAGACAGAAUCCUAUCCAGGAGGACCAAGAGGGAGCUUGCCAGUCCUCUCCAUGUUGGUGGCAUCAGGGACCCACGCGGCUCGUACUGUGAGAGGAGAGGAGGCUGCUGCCCGGGCAGAGACGACCUGUGCACGGUGCCCUACCUGGACACCAUCUGUUACUGUGACCUGUUCUGUAACCGCACCGUGUCCGACUGCUGCCCUGACUUCUGGGGACACUGUUUAGGCGUGGAGCCUCCUUUCAUUGGCAGCUGCGAAAGAAAUGGAAACAGGUUCCUUACAGGGCAAACAUACAAAGAAAACUGCAAUUUAUGCACAUGUGGGACUACAGGACGAUGGGAGUGUGAGCAGAACGCCUGUCUGAUGGAGUCUGACAUGAUCCAUGCCGUCAACAGAGGAAACUAUGGGUGGAAGGCUUCAAACUACAGUCAGCUGUAUGGCAUGAGUCUGGACGAGGGGAUCCGGUAUCGUCUGGGCACACAGAGACCCUCCAGGACUAUUAUGAACAUGAAUGAGAUCCAGAUGAACAUGGAUCCUCAGAGUGACAGUCUGCCACUCUACUUCAGCUCAGCAGAGAAGUGGCCCGGGAAGAUUCACGAGCCACUGGACCAGGGCAACUGUGCAGCUUCCUGGGCUUUUUCAACUGCAGCUGUGGCCUCGGACAGAAUCUCCAUCCAGUCGAUGGGUCACAUGACUCCUCAGCUCUCGCCCCAAAACCUUAUUUCCUGUGACACACGCAACCAGGGGGGCUGCGCCGGGGGCCGCAUCGAUGGAGCCUGGUGGUACCUCAGGCGUAGAGGAGUGGUGACGGAGGAAUGCUACCCCUACCGACCCCCGCAGCAGACGCCAGCAGAGGUGGGACGCUGCAUGAUGCAAAGCCGCUCCGUUGGCCGGGGGAAGAGGCAGGCCACGCAGCGCUGCCCCAACUCGCACAACUACCAAAACGACAUCUACCAGUCCACGCCGCCGUAUAGGCUCUCAUCCAGCGAUAAAGAGAUUAUGAAGGAGAUUAUGGAUAAUGGCCCCGUGCAAGCUAUUAUGGAGGUCCACGAGGACUUCUUUGUCUAUAAGAGUGGGAUCUACAAACACACUGACGUCAGCUUCACCAAACCUCCACAAUACCGCAAACAUGGAACACACUCAGUCAGGAUCACUGGGUGGGGAGAGGAGAGAAACGUUGAUGGGACGUCAAGAAAAUAUUGGAUCGCUGCCAACUCCUGGGGAAAGAACUGGGGAGAGAGCGGUUACUUCCGAAUUGCUCGCGGGGACAAUGAGUGUGAGAUCGAAGCAUUUGUGAUCGGAGCCUGGGGCAGGAUCACAAUGGAGGACAUGAAAAACCACCAGCACCACCAUCAUCGUCGACACAUUUAAAGACACGCCAGAUUAUUUUUUUUAAAUCCCAUCUAUAGUCAGGUGUUACCCCAGGGGAGAACCACAUCCAGAGUCUGAGAACUUCACCACUUCCCCUUGUCCACCAGGCUGGAGGGGGGGACAACACCAAAACCAGCCCCAGAGCCCCUGAAUCUUCUCCUUUCUCACCUCACUUCACUCUGGGGAUUAAUACAACUCCUCCCCUCCUCAGUCUUCAACCUUUUAAGAGAGCGACCUUUCCCUCUUCUCCCUCAACUCAAGGUUUAUGGCACCAAAAACAGAGAAAAACUAAGCUCCAGUGCUUUAAUGUUGCCUCACAACGAAGCACCUCAGGUACCGACUGCUCCAAAGACUUCCCAGAAACCUCAGUCAUUUCUGGUGAAGCCAUGCUCAUGUCACGUAGGUUGAUGACACAAGGAGAAGCUCAAUCUGAUGCUUUCAAGAGUCAACCUGAAACUUUAGUCGUCUGCAGCUCUGCAUGCUAGAAUCCAGAGGGACGCGGUUACAGAGGGACAGCGUAGAAACGAGGAAACGCGAGAGCCAGAUUAUUAGAAAUCAGACCUGUUCAGAGGGACACACCCAGCUUAACCUUGUAAUGUGAUAAUAUGUCACUGGUCUUAGAGGACACACACGUUUAGAGUUAGUUUCUCACACAUUCCAGUAAAAUCGGAGAAUCCAGCAGAGGAAACAUGAGGUGAUUUGUGAGUAUGCAAUUACAAAAAAUUCUGACUUCAAAAAACCAAAUACCGUUAGAUUUUGUUGACGCACUGUGAUGGGAAGGACAGCGUCAGUGGUUAAACAUGUUUCUUCUGUUAUUCGGCUGCAGGUGAAUUCAAUUAUUUUCAGCCAGGACAGAUGAAAAAUGUCACCAACAAUUAAAGGCAUACAAAUAAACGCCAUGCUGUUUUUUUCUGACCCCGGGGCACCAAGUCAUUUAAGAAAUAAAAACACUGAAGCGUCAAAGAAAAAAGAAACCACAGUUAUAUUGACCACUGCAAAAGAAGGUGUUUGUGAAUAGUCGUCUUAAAAUGCUUUUUUUCUGUGUACACUGUUACAAUUCGAGAUCAAGUUGUUGUUAUUUUUUUUGCCGCGUCACAUGUUAAAGUUUUAUUUUACUACUCAUGUUUUAAAUGUACUGUAUGUAGUAACUCUCACAACACACACAUCACUCAGCUGCUUUUCUGCUUCUGCAUAGCUGUAACUGUUCAGGAGGAUGAGGAGGGGGAGCUGCUGCUAAAUCCAGUCUGUCCUACAAUAUGUCUGUCUUUAGUUUUAAUGCAUUUCACAUGUAAUAAACACGUAAAGCCACUUCUCACUGGUGCUGAAAAAGCGCUUCAUGUCACGCAGGUUGACGAUAAACUGUUUAGCAUUUUAAUGUUCUCAUUUUCAUUUUCAUUUAGUUUUGUUUCGCGUUCUGCUGGAAAUCGAACAUGUUCCGACUCAUCGGCCCUGCUACUGUGUCACGGCACUUUGUGAUGCCUUCAUUUCAGCAUGAUUGCAGGCACAUUGAGGGACUUUCACAUAGUUUUCGAGCACAGCCUCACUUGAAAAGGAACACAUGCUAUAUUAUUACCACUUACCUUAAAUUACAUCCCAGUGUGCUUCAGCUGUAACUUCAAAAAGAGCCUUUCUAUUUCUCUAUCAGCAGCUCUUGUGAUCUUUAAGGUCCCUACAUAGUCUCCCUCAGGCAUGGAUAGGUAGAUGGACGUAAAAGCAAAGAGAAAUGUUCGGAUGGUCACACAUUGUGUAAUGUGGUGGAGGCGGCUAUAGAUGGAUGAAAGUGGUUCGUGCAUAUUUCUCAUGCAACGUACUGAGUGUUUGCUUUCAGAUUGAUAUGAGCAAAGGCAGAGGAGGGAACAGGAGCGGUCCAUCAACAUGAGGUGCACAACAGGUUUAUAAUAAAUGACAAAACACAGAGAAUAAUGUGAAACAUCUGCAGCCUGAGGAGGAGAAGCUUCAAAUAUAUGUUUUCAUGUGCUAGUUCCUUUGGUGACUGGUUUAGAGAUGAAGAGUCAUUUACACAGAGUAUUUCAUGACGUCCUAGUUAUUUGUGGGACAAACCAAUGCCGUGUUACUUAAGUGCACCUUAACAGGGGAAGCAUAGUUGCAGACAGUGUAACUGAUGUGGAGCAGGGCCUGAGAAGAGCAGACAACUUAGUUUUCAUUCAGAUGUUAGUUGAAUCUGACCAAAGCUGGAAUCUUAUUUCAUUUCCAUUGUGCAGAGACAUCUUGUUGUCAGUGUUGGUUUGUUUUGCCGACAUUAAGUUGGAUUAAUGAUCCUUCAGCUUCAAGCUUGGACCUAACUGCUAUAUACAGCAUUGAAUAGCUUAACAUAUGUAAAAGGUUCAGAUGGGACCAAUAACAAUAGAUAUUAUCUGCAAAACCUAUCCUUAUGGAUUCAUAUCAUAGACAUUAAUGUUAACUUCAGCUAAACAGUUUUCUCCAACUACACAACCUCUCCUCUAAACCCCCCCCCCCACAGAGCUGCAGCAGACAUCUGCUCACAAGUUGUGUAUUUUAUGUAAAAUGAACCACUUAGUCACUGAUGUGUAGACUUUAUUUAUGACGAGAUGCGUAAAUUAUAUACUUUUAUUCUUCUUUGUUUUCCCUGUGCAAUGUUUACUAUCUCACUGUCUCUUUGUAUCUCCUGUAUUGUGUGCACCAAACGCAAAUACCACAUUAGUGUUCACUUGUGCAGCACAAUAAAGUCUUUCUGAAACA